AGUGGCCAAAGUCCUCUCUGCCUCUCACACAGACACAGUCAGUACUCUCAGAGUCUGUUUAAAUGUGGACGUCUUCCUCUCAGACGAACCUGCGCAGUGACUUUCUACCAGGCCACCAUGCUUCCCCGUACCGUAUCGUUCCUCCUGCUCUUCAUCUUCCUCUCCUCUGGGAUGUCUGCUUCUCUGGUCAGCAGGACAACCCGUGAAGGGGACGGCCCUCCUGCUGUUCCGACCACGUUCAGGGUUGCCACCUCUGCUGCUGUAGGUGUUCCGUCGGAGGUUGAUACCGUGCAGGCAGGUGGCCCGGUCGUUGACGAUACUCCUUCAGCUGAGGCUGAGGCUGUGGCAGAAGCCCUAGUGACAAAUGAGCCUGUUACAGAUGCCGCUGUAGCUGACGAGGUUGUAGCCGAAGAGCCGGUUGAGGACACCCCAGUUGCUGAUGCUCUGGUAGCAGAUUCCCCUGUAGUUGACGAGGUUGUAGCCGAAGAGCCGGUUGAGGACACCCCAGUUGCUGAUGCUCUGGUAGCAGAUUCCCCUGUAGACGCCUUUAUCAUAAGAGAAGAAGAAAAAGAAGCCCUGAUAACAGAGGCAAUGAUUAAAGAGUUGUCUGCCCAGGUGGAGAAGGAAGACCUCGCUGAAGAGACAGAGAUUCAAGACGCCAUCUUGAAAGAGUUGACUGACCGGGAGACCCUUGGGAAGGCAGUGGAGGAGCCCAUUGUAGAGGCAGCAGAGGCAUAUGCUCCAGGGGAGGAUCCAGCCAGCUCUGAGAUACUUGUCUUCGAAGCCCAGGAAGAGGACUCUGGAUGGGGGUUGGCUUCCGUCAGAGAGAGCCUCCAGGCAGCCAACGGAUACUUUGACUCUCUUGUGGAACUGAUGGGGGGACGCAAUGGAGUGUGUCAAUACAAGUGCAAAUACGGUAAAACACCUGUGCAUCGCUAUGGUUACGUGACCCCAGAGCCCAACGGUUGCAGCUCCAACCUCCUAGGAUUCCAGGUACCAGACGGUUUUGACAUUGGCAUCCCAGCCAUGACUCAGUGCUGUAACCAGCUGGACAGUUGCUACGACACCUGUGGCUCCAACAAGUACCGCUGCGACUCCAAGUACCGCUGGUGUCUCCACGCUAUCUGCUCUGACCUGAAGAAAAGCUUGGGGUUCGUGUCAAAGGUCAAAGCCUGUGAGACCGUAGCAGAUGCUCUGUACAACACUGUGUGGACGCUGGGCUGCAGAUCCUUCAUGAACAGCCAGAGGGAAGCAUGUUACUGUGAGGGAGAGGAGAGGGACGAGCUGUAGAGGACCAGGCUGGGACACAACACAACACUACUCAACACGAGAGAAAGCUGGGAGGAGAAGGACGAGCUAUAGAGGACCAGGCUGGGACACAACACAACACUACUCAACACGAGAGAAAGCUGGGAGGAGAAGGACGAGCUGUAGAGGACCCCAGCUGAGACACAACACAACACUACUCAACACGAGAGAAAGCUGGGAGGAGAAGGACGAGCUAUAGAGGACCAGGCUGGGACACAACACAACACUACUCAACACGAGAGAAAGCUGGGAGGAGAAGGACGAGCUAUAGAGGACCAGGCUGGGACACAACACAACACUACUCAACACGAGAGAAAGCUGGGAGGAGAAGGACGAGCUAUAGAGGACCAGGCUGGGACACAACACAACACUACUCAACACGAGAGAAAGCUGGGAGGAGAAGGACGAGCUAUAGAGGACCAGGCUGGGACACAACACAACACUACUCAACACGAGAGAAAGCUGGGAGGAGAAGGACGAGCUAUAGAGGACCAGGCUGGGACACAACACAACACUACUCAACACGAGAGAAAGCUGGGAGGAGAAGGACGAGCUGUAGAGGACCAGGCUGGGACACAACAAACACUACUCAACACGAGAGAAAGCUGGGAGGAGAAGGACGAGCUGUAGAGGACCAGGCUGGGACACAACACAACACUACUCAACACGAGAGAAAGCUGGGAGGAGAAGGACGAGCUAUAGAGGACCAGGCUGGGACACAACACAACACUACUCAACACGAGAGAAAGCUGGGAGGAGAAGGACGAGCUGUAGAGGACCAGGCUGGGACACAACACAACACUACUCAACACGAGAGAAAGCUGGGAGGAGAAGGACGAGCUGUAGAGGACCAGGCUGGGACACAACACAGUGGGACUUUACACCGCACAUAUUAGAAUAACACUUUAUUAUGGACUUAGAGAAUAUAACCCUUUUUCUAUUACCACAUGAAAACACGACAGAGGCUUUACGCUUGAUGAGGAAAGCCCUAACAAGACUUUACCAAUGAGUUAAUAGUGGUUAUUAUGUAGAAUAAAUAAUACUAACCGUAUGUAGCGUCGUGUCACACUGUCUUUAUCUAACUUCUACCUAUUUAUAUUUCAUAUAUAUUUUCAGGAAAAGAUUAUGACUCCCAUUUAACAUAUUAUUGUGUUAUUAUUUUAUUAACAUACCUCAAACCAAAACAAAUCCUGAUAGAGAGAAGACCUUUCAGUCAGCAUCAUAUCCCACAUAAGAAUACAAAAAUGUACCAAACGGCAACCUAUUCCCUACAAAGUGCACUACUUUUGACCACGGCCCAUGAGGCUCUGGUCGAAAGUAGUGCACUUUGUAGGGAAUAGGAUGUCAUUUGGGACGCAAUCCCGAAAUAACCUAGUCUAACACAACACAAACACCAGUUAGUUGGACUUGUG